CCUACCCGGGGCGGCGGGGGCGUCUCUCCCCGCUCCCCGGGAGCACUGGCCGCGCUGGAUGCGCCGCCGGUUUCCAGUUACCGCGAUGCCGGGCGGCGGGGCGGGAGGAGCCGCGGCGGUGCCGCCACUGCCCCUGCUGCAAUGAGUGAUGCUGCCGGGGGCGGCGGCGGCGGCGGCGGCGAAGCGCAGAGCCACCGCGGCUCCUCCGCCGGCGGCCGCGGGAGCAGCGGCUCUACCUCGCCCGGGCGGCGGCGGGGCGCGGCGGCGGGCGGCGGGCCGGGGGCGGCCGGGGGGCCCGGGGCCGGCGGGGACAGCAGCAUGCCGGCGGGUGAGGGGGACAAGGAGGAGGCGACGUCGCCUCCUCGCUCCGCCGCCCUGCUGCGGUGGGACGAGGUGCCCGAGGACUUCGUGGAGUGCUUCAUCCUCUCGGGCUACCGGCGGCUGCACUGCUCGGCGCAGGAGUGCCUGGCCUCGGUGCUGCAGCCCACCAACGAGACCCUCAACUUCUGGACCCACUUCAUCCCACUGCUGCUCUUCCUCAGCCGCUUCGGGCAGCUGCUGCUGCUGCGGGGUGCUGGGGACGUGCCCUUCCAUCACCCGGCCCUGCUGCCCCUCUGGUGCUACGCCUCCGGGGUGCUGCUCACCUUCGCCAUGAGCUGCACGGCCCACCUCUUCAGCUGCCUCUCCCCGCGCCUCCGCGCCGCCUUCUUCUACCUGGACUAUGCUUCCAUCAGCUACUACGGCUUUGCCAGCACCGUGGCCUACUCCUACUACCUGCUGCCAGGGCUGAGUCUGCUGGAUGCUGGCGCCAUGAGCCACUACGUGCAGCAGCGGCUGGGCUGGCAGCUGGACUGCAGUCUGCCCAUCGCGGCCUACCGUGCCCUGGUGCUGCCUGUGGCCCUGGCGCUGGCCGUGGGCUGCACAGCCGCCUGCUGCCGCAGCCGCGCCGCCUGCUGCGCCUACCCCUUUGCUGUGCGCACCUUCGUCUUUGCCAUGCCGCUGAGCAUGGCCUGCCCCAUCAUGCUGGAGAGCCUCCUCUUUGACCUCCGCACCCGCAACCCCACGCUCUUUGUCUACUUCUACCGGCGCUACUGCUGGCUGCUGGUGGCCGCUUUCUUCAACGUCAGCAAAAUCCCCGAGCGAAUCCAGCCAGGGCUCUUCGACAUCGUGGGGCACAGCCACCAGCUUUUCCACAUCUUCACCUUCCUCAGCAUCUACGACCAGGUGCACUACGUGGAGGAUGGGCUGGCCGAAUUCCUUAAGGCACCCCUGGCUGCCCCCACCUACCUGGGCACCGUGGGGUAUAUGCUGCUCCUGAUGCUCUGCCUGGCCAUGGUCGUCAGGAGGUUCCUCAAUGUCGCAGACCUCUGCAAGCAGGACUAGCCGGGACAGUGACCACCAUACCAGUGACCCUCAGGCCGAUGACCUUCAGACUGGCAACCCUCACAUUGGCCCCACCGUGUCCUGAAGAUGCUGUGAAACCUGGGGAAAAUGCACCUGUGGAAGAGCCAGAUCCCUUUUGCAGAGGGUUGCCAGAGAAAAUGACCAUGGCGGAACUGCUCGUGCUCUUUAAACUACUAGGUUACCAGGGGAAGCAAGCAAACGCUUACUGGUAUGUUGCUGCUUAGAGUAUAAAGCUGAAAUAAUUUAGCUCUGCUGCUAGGAAGAAUGCAUGAACUGUGAAUGCCACUUACUAAUUUCAUAACAAUUAGGUUUAAACUAGCUCUGUAUAUACAUGUAUAUAUAUUUAUAUAUCUAGCUAUAUAUUUAUUAGCUACAUAUAUAUGUGUAUAUAUAUGUAUACACCUGAAGACACUUGUGCAAUGAUUACUCAUAGACUUUUAAUCAACUCUUGUGUGAAAUUUCCUAGCAGAUUAUGCACUGACAUUUAUCAUCCUCUGUGAUACUGUAACAGGCCUUUGCAGCCACAUACGGGAUUUUAAAUGCAAACAAAUCGAUAGCUAUCUAUAGUUUUUAAGGUCUUGCAGCCUUUUCAGCCAGGGAACAAUAGAUUUACCAGAAAGAGGAAAAACAGCUGUGAAUUAUUACAGAAUUAUCAGUUGAUGGAGAGGCUUUAAUUAGACAGGCAGUGAGUGGUUGGUGUAGCCACUCAGAUACUAAAAUAAAAUAGAGGGAUAUGUAAAAUAACUGAACCAGAAAGGGGUCAAACUCAUUUGGAGUGGGGGCAGGGGGAGAAGAAGGGCACUGCAUAAUGGUAUGGCUCUUCCCCCAGCGCAUCAGGAACAUCUGUCGCUUUACAGGGGUUGCUAAGGGGCCCCUUUUUCUUCCCUGGUAAAUCACCCCCAAAUCAGCUCUGUAGAGUCAAAGUCAGAUGCCAGACUUUCUAUAAGCCCUUGCCAAGCUUGGUGGGAGUUCUGUGGAUGUAAAGAGAGUAACUGAUGCAUGAGAUCUCAUUCUGGAUCUUUUAAAGAAUUACAUGGAACUGGUUUCUUUUGCUCUUUAAUUAGAGCACUCUGUCAGAUUUACCAUCCUAAAAUUAGUUGCAGAAUAAGGUACUGCUGAAUCUGAGUUCAGGACCUAAAAUCUGGCUCUACAAGUAAUGGAUAUUGGCACUUUCUCAUCAUUCCCCACCUUUUCCUAUUUUGAUUAGUUGUGGCUGCAGCUGGGUGUUAUGAAGUCCUCUUUCAGAAGCUUUGAGGGGGGGUUCAAAGACAAGAAUUAUGAGAUAUUUUCCAAAGCAGUAUCUUUUCACAGCAACCCAGGUACUAUGCUUCUCACACAACAAAUAGCUAAUUAGAGAUUGGACUCACUUCCUAUAUAAAGAGACAUUUUUGUAAACUAUGUGCAGAUUUUAAACAGAUGCAUUUUGAUUUUGACUAACAGAACAAGUAACAAAUAUGCAAUAAUAUUACACAAGGGGAUUACAACUCGAAGUUCAGGUGAGAAACUGCUUGUAUGCCCCAUUUUCAAAAAGAAGAGUGGUACUUCCUUAGGAAACGCUGGUGUCAUACCGCACAAUAGCGUAGUAGCUCUUUAACUCAGCCUCUUUGCCCCUAUUGUGGAAAUACAUUUCUGCUUGGACCUUUCCCAUUGUCACAGACAUGGCAUCCAAACCUCAAGAAGAUGUUUUGAGUCAAGUCCCAUAGCCUUCUGUAAGACAAAGCCCCCUUUGUUUAAAAUGGGGAAUACAGGAAGGACUAUAGCUAGGGAUUAUGAAGUCAAAUCCUUAAUAUGGGUCAGAAAUAUCACAGAAGCCAAUAAUUGAUAUGUCCUGCACCAAUGUCAGCUUUGUGAAAAUUUCACUAUGAAAGUAUAUAAGCUAAAAGAAAAUUACGCCCACUUCAUUUUAUCUUUAUCUCAACCCAUUUUAACUAUAAUUUUUGGAUCUUUUAGAUUCUCAGUGAAUGAUGAGAAUGGCCUAGCAAAAAUAUGUAUUCUUUGCCAGCCACAAUUCUGCUAAUAUAUAAUUUGUGGCAGGGUCACAUGUGGUCUCUUAAAGAGAUUGGCUAGAAUUUUCUGAAACAGCAAUUCGCAAACUGUGGCCUCUUGAGUUAUCGCUCAUGGGCCAUAAAAAAGAGCAUGGCCCUGUGUGGCUGGCUGUGUUCUGUUUUCAUUUGCCAACCUGCAUUAAAAGAAAAUGAAAACUACAUGAAGUAUUUUUAAUUUUACAUAUUUUCAUUAACUUUUGUCAUAAAUACAGCUUUGGUAUAUUUGGCUGCCAAUAAAGCAGAAAAUUAUCUGCUCCACUGAGAGGAGAGGCUGGUUCACAACACUUUCAUGCUUUAAAAUGUGGUUUGUAUUGUGAAAAAAACACUGGAAACUCACCAUAGAAAGCAAAUGGAUCAAGACCUGCAACCGUGUCAUCCUAUGAAUUUCCACAACUGUAAAAAGAGGCCAAAAUCUUUGAGAUGUGCAGUAUUCAACUUAAAAUAAUAGAGGCAUAGUAGUUAGAGCCCAAUGACUCAUCCAAGUUUCAAAACUAAUUAUGUAGAAAGGAUUUGCCUGGGAGAUGCCACUAGCAUGUCCAACCAGCAAUUAAGAACUAAGAAAGAAAUCAAAAAAGCCAGGGACAGCAAAUCUCAGCACUAGAAGACAGCUCAGAAACAAGCAACGGUAAAAGCCAAAUGUAAAAAAAAGGCUUUUAAAGCAUACUGUAUAAUGAAUUAUAUUUGUGCUUGUCAGUCACAAUGUAGAGGACAUCGCAAGAGGCAAUGUCAAAAAAGGCUGUUGCUAACUUGUAAAAAUACAUUUGAUAUUUGCAGUUAGGCCACACAGGGUCGUCUAUAUAUAUCUCAACGACAGAUAACAGUAUAAAGGUUGGAUUGCAACCAACUGCAAUUUUACUGGAAUCUUACUGCAGUUAUGAGAGUUGCAUGUGAGCCCAAAUCACACUGCAGAUCUUGAACCUGGCUCUGAUAUUAAGAAUAUCACUUCAUUUAAAAGUUUCUGUUGGCAAAAUGUUGAGGCACAUGUAGGGGCCAGAGCACUUCGUGGAAUUAUUUGUAAAUGCUGGUUGCAAGUACUGCUCUCUGAGACACUCUAAGAACGCUGUAUGAAUCGUGAGUGAAUGGGUACAGGGAGAUGUGAUUAGAUUUUGAGAGUUCUAAUUAAUUUAUAUUUGUUUGUCUAUUUGUUUAAAAUGUGGCUACAAAUUAAAAAGUUACAAUAAGUGUGGAGACUAUCUAGGGAAAUGCUACCUGACUGUGGUUCUUCAGUGAAGGACAUGUACGUAGAUAAUUGCUCCGUUUGCCAUGUCCGAUAGCCAGUCUCUGUAAAUAUGGACAGAACAAAACUGAGUUAAAGAGGUUAAAAGUGGAACAAGUGCUUGAAUUUGCUCAUGUAGAAGUGAAUGUCAGCAUUUGUGUGGCUUGUAAGGGAGUGGAAUCUCUUUUUGGUGUGAAAGCACACAUGGCUGAACAUCCAUAAGCUUGUCCAGAGCUUAGACAGGAGGUCUAACCUGCAGACUAGAUGCAUAAGGACAUCCUAGAAAACAAACUUUUUUGCAUAAGUACUUUUCAUAAUGUUUUUAUUGCCUGUGUACCUGCCAUAAGGUCUACACUGUGGACUCCACAGCUCAUCUUUAAAACCACAAAGGCUUUUCAGGCCUUUUGUAGUAGAAUCUGUGUGGGGAUGGGGGACAGGGUGAGGGCUGGAGCACAAGGGGAUGGCCUGAAAAUACCUACGAGUCUUUCCGUCUUUGGCCAAGACUGAGUUUCAGGCUGACGUACCUGUGCCAAUGUGAACUGACUGUUGACGGGACCAGUUCCCAGAGUGUUGGUGGCUUGGGCUCCCCCUUGCAAUCAGCAUGUGCCUAGAACUGCAGUCUACACAUUGGCACUUAUUCAAUAAGCCUAGCUUCUGAGCACUUCCAGUAACCUGUAAGCUUCGAGCUCAUCUUCGUGUGAGACUGAUAUACCUGGUCUGUAGAAAUUGUCCCGUAUUCUGCGUCGAUACACUACAUCUUCUUCUGCAGUGCAUUCAUUUGAAUGUCCCUAUCCAGGAUAUCUGUGCAGCUCUGAGCUGCUUUGUUAGCAAGACUGGAGUCUGCAGUCUGGAAACAAAGGGAAAGGUUUCAUCUGCAUGCUGCACUUGUAGAAAUUUAGCAGUUAAAAGUAGAAACACAUUGUUUUUUGCUAAAAUGAUAGUUUUGCUUAGUUGUUCAAGUGUUGUGCUUAUUAUUUAUUUGCUGAAUCCAGCUACUAUGUUGGCUUUUGUCAACAGUGCCCCUGCAGAAAAUGACAGUAUGAAAGUUUUACUUCAUGUUUAAGUAAACUCUCUGAGGCAGCACAUUCAUAAAGUAUUAGUGCACUUAACUCAGUUGAUUACCAUCCACAUGCCUUACAGAAGCAAAUCAUACCUGUAGUAAUUGCCCAGAUUAUACUGGUUUUCAUUGCCUAUGAGAGUAAAAAAAGACCAAGUGGCCAGUAACGAGCUGAGGAGUCAGGCACUCCUGGGUUUUUGUCCCUGCUUUGCCACUAUCUGUUCUGUAAUCUAGGGCAAAUUGUUUAAACUGUGUUCACUUUGAAUGAAUUCAUGUAAAACACUGGAAUUGUACCAGGGUUGAAUUUGACCCUCUGUGUCUCAGUUUCCACAUCUGUAAGAUGGGGACAAAAUACCUUACCUACCUCGCAGGGUUGCUCUGAAGACUAGCUAAUGUUUGUAAAGCGCUUAAAAAUGCAAAGACCCUCCUAGGUGCUAAGAAGAAAUAUACUGAACUCCGGCAGAGAGAAUGUUAUAUUUUUCCAUAGCUCUUCAUCUCGCAGGGAGAGAAACAUGAACAUUUCUAGAGCAUGGACUCUUGGGACAAACCCUCGUCAUUGCCACACUCCUAGGAGGUUCACAUCCUGUGUCCUUUGGAGCUGAUGGCAAAAUUUCCACUGGCUUCAGGUGAGGGGCAAUCAAGACCUAAGCAGUAGUAAACAGGCUGCCUAAAUGCUUCAAGGGUCAGGAGUAAGGAGAAAACAUACAUGAGUUAAGUAUUUUCUUCAGAAAUUCUCACUGGUGACUUGUACCAAGGGGCAUUGUAAUGCUGACAUGAGGCCUCGCUGUUCAUUUAGCCAUGGAUUGUAGUCCAGUUACUGUGAAACAAUGGAGCAAGAUUUCCCAUCAGUGUCUGUAAGACUAUCUCUCAAUUGCCACUGGGAAUUUCAACCUCCUUCAAGCUACUUCUUAUCAGAGUAAAAAGAACUUAAAUAAAUGAAGCUUUUAAAUAAACAUGUGUAAUCAUUUGGGAACAUAAAAUUAUAUUGAUCGGACAAACAACCUUCUCUUUUCCCCUCCCAUUCCCCAAAACCAACAACAUGGAGCCGAUCCUAUUCUUGAGCAAAAACCAAACUUGGAUCUUCUUAUCACAUGCGUGUACUCUUCCUUUGCUGUGGAGCCCUGGACCAAUCAUCCUGCUAACCCACUCUGCCCCUCUCCUGAAGGACUGAUACAAACAGCACCACUGAGUAGAGGACAAUGUUUUUAAGGGCUUUUCUAACUGGCAGCAGCAGUGGAGACAAAAAAAAAAAAAAAAAGGCAACAGAGGCAUCAAAGGGUUUGAGUGGUUCAUUAAGUCAAAGCCUCUACCAUUAGAAAUUCGCCCUAUCCAAGUAUAUUCCUAGCUUCUGUUAGACACCUGUAAGUCGGGGCAACACAACCAACACCUAAGUUACAGCUGAGACUUUACCCUCUUCUCCUCAGAUGAGAUACAAGAUGCUGAGGAGACGUCACAUGCACUGAAAGACACAGACCUCCAUUCAAGACAUUUAGUGUCUUGUAGCUGGGUGUGGAAUGAAGUUAAAUUAUUUUCACAUCUUGUUAAGAUGGAUGCUGCUUCAUUCCACUGACUUCAGUAAUAAAUUAAUGACCAAGAUGAAGGAAGCAGGCUUUUGCUCAAAGUUCCCUGUAAGGAAACACCACCAGCAGACUUCUGCUUGCAGGGCAGUUGCUUCCUGGGCCAUACUCAGAACAUGGAGGAUUCUGAAGUAGGGCUUUGCUAUUUCAUGUGAACUCCUUAGGAUUUGUGUUUGUAGCUGAGAGUUAAUAGUAUGGAGAAACAGUUUAUAGCAAAUCAAUUCUGUCUGCUAGAGAUUCAAGCACGCUUUAGUAAGAGGUAUCACAUUUAAGGGUCUGUGCAUGCAAUGAACAAAAAGUGUGAAUAUUGUUUGGUUCUGUUGGGAGGGUUUGAAAAUUUACUCUUUGUACACUUUUGGAUGCUGACUACUGUAUAUGUAAUGACUAUGCAUUUUUAGCAAAAAAAGGUGUGAGCUAUAAAUAAAGUUGAUUCUGG